AUGUUAUAUAAAAUACUUUGCUUAUUAUUUAUACUCUGUUUGGUAAAAAGUUCAAUUGCUCCACUCUAUGUGACGCGACAAGAUGCUACUCAAUUACAAAAUGGAGAUGUUUUUAUAACAGGAGGUGCAAGUUACGAAGAACCAGAUUACAAUCUAUAUCCUUAUUUUUUGUUGCUGCAAUUUAUUUGUCUUCUUCUGACACCUGGAAAGUGGUACCUACUUUGGAUCCACCUCGUUCUAAACAUCGAGGUGUUUUAUUAUCAUCAGCAACUUUAUUACCAUCCCAGUGAAAUGUACAAUCUUAUGAAUAAUACAUGGACUGAGAUUGCUGAUAUGCUUGUUCCACGUGCUUAUCAUUCAGCUACUAUGUUGCCUUCUGGUAAAAUUUUAGUCGUUGGUGGUUAUGAUGGAGAUCAACCUCAAUCUACCUGUGAAAUUUAUGAUCCAUCAUCAAAUAUUACAGGUGAUCUUGAUUCACUUGAUUCUAGUGCUACGCUUAGUUGUGAAAUCUAUGAUUCUAUAUCUAAUAAAUGGUGUAAUUGUACUGAUAUAUCAGUAGCACGUGCAAGUCAUACAACUACUUUAUUACCAUCUCAAAAAGUAUUGAUUACAGGUGGAGUAAAUGAUCCAUUUGCUGUCUUAUAUAAUUCAUCAUCAAACAAAUGGAAUUCAGCUGGUGAGUAUCCUGAUGUAUACUUUCAAUAUACUGCAACUCUAUUAUCAUCAGGAUCUGUAUUAUUAUUAGGUGGUUCGAAUUCUCGGGAUGUAACAUCCACUUCUAUGUUAUACGAUACUCAUUCAGAUACAUGGAAUAUUAAUCUAACUACUAUACCACCACUUACUUUACAUACAACUACUUUAUUAUUCAAUGAACAAAUCUUAAUUUCAGGUGGUCAAGAAAAUGGUCGAAUUGUCGCUCUUUGUCGUAUAUAUGAUCUUAUUUGUAAUAAUAUUACGAAUGUUACAAAAAUGGCAUCAGUUCGUUAUCAACAUUCUGCUAUUUUAUUACCAUAA